ACCAAAGUACGAGGAGUUAGAAUAUGAGGACGCUUUUGACGCAAAAACUACCUUAUUUUUCUACAUUCUAAAUUUGGAAAAAUGGAUUAUACGACGAUACAAACGAAGUAUAUCAACGCGAUAUUAAUUGUUUCUUCUUUUUUCUUCUUUUUCUUACAACUUGAAAUAAUCAAUAAUUCUCAUGUCCACGAUUAGAUGGAUAAAAUUCGGAAAGAUUCGUGACUUCGUGUUCGUUGGAAAGGAUAUCCUCGCAACAGCUUCCGGUUUGCACGUUCGUUUCAUCGACGUAAACACAAAGGAGAAAAGAAUCGAAUUGUUCGACGAUCAAAACAGAGGCAGUGGCGUAUCGAAUUUAUCAGGACACACGGUAACAAAUUUCCUAUGGAUUUAAAUUCGCCCCUUUGUCACAGUCAUCCCAUUUUCUCAUUCGCGUAAAACGGGUUGCAUCCGACUCGAUCGUAUUCAAGCCGAGCGACAAAUACUCGAAAAGAAGUAUAUACUUUUACAGACGGUACCGAUGUUCUCCGUGGCGGAUAAACAAUCUAAUCCCACUAUUAGAAUAUUCACUUAUCCGAGGAUUCAUAAAAUAUCCUCUUGUACGAGUAUGGAAGAAACGAAUGGUUAUUUAUCAUGUACCUUUGCCGGUACGGAUUAUUUUAUAGGAUUGACAAGUUUUCCAAAUUUUCAACUGGUCGUUUGGCUAUGGCAAACUGGUGAUAAAGUUUUCGUUAAAAGUACCAAACUAGAGGAUUUCGUUCAAACGAUCGCAUGUUCACCAUUUUAUCCACACGCGAUAGCGCAAUUUGCACGAACCACCGGUAAACUCAGCGUUUAUCGAAUCUGUGCGUCUUCGAAAAUCGUCACCUUAUAUCCGAUAGAAAUGAAAUCUCUCGAAAACAAAUUAACCUCCGUUUGUUGGACGAACGAUGGUAAUCUAUUGCUCUGCGACGAAUUCUCCAAUGUUUCCUCGAUAAGCGCAGACGGUGGUAAUCGAAAUGUUCUCAUAGAAGAAUAUUCAAAAUCUACAACGCAUCCCUACGAUCGUUAUCCCUUCGUUGUUGCUUUUAAAGACGGCCUCUUUCUCGUUAAUACAGGAACAAAUGAAGUCGCAUUUUACAGAAAAUCAUUUAUCAGAGACUCGAAAGAAUUCUGGCAAAAGGUAUGGUCUUCGAAUAAUAAUGAACGCGAUCUAAAGCCAGUUCGAGCUAAAGCGCAUAAACAAAGGGACAGUCUAUUUCUUCACGAUGAGACCGGACAAAUCAUGGAGAUUACUAUGUCACACGAUUAUGUUCCGCGCUUUGAAAUUGUUCAUACGGACGGUGUCAAAUACAAAGAGCUUGUAAGGAUAUCAUCACGGUCCUCUCAUUUGGCUGCUAUCGAUCGAUUUGAUUAUUUGAAUAUUAUCGAUUCCUACGCAGGACAGAUUGAGAAUAGGAUCACUUUGAAGGUGCACGGUGAAGUUGUUUGCGCUAAGGCACAUCCGAACUUGCCGGUAAUUUUCACCGGCAGCAUUACAGGAAAUUGUUUGUUCAUCGAUGUUUCGACGAAUAAACCGAAAAUCUUAAGGUGCUAUCAUCUGCAUAAAAUUUCAUUGGACAAAAUGAAAUUCUCUAGCGAGGGAAAAUUUAUAGGAAUUGCAAGUUCCACGGUUGGACGUAUAUUUGUCAUUGGGAAAAAUAUCAACGAUGGCGAUUCGAGUUGCGUUGGUUUAUUCGCGCCAAAUAUCCGAAUAACUGAUUUCCUCAUAUACGAUCGAAACGAUGACGUUAUCAAAAUCUUGAUUCUCCUUACGACAAGGACAAACGUUAUGACAGGAAAUAAAUUGAUAUUGUACGUAUGCAAUGUCAAAGGAUAUAUCGAGGAGAAAAUAGAAUGUGUAAUAGAUCUGUUAAAUCACUUUAAAUCCUUACAAUAUGGUCCAAGAAGAAACGUAGAUAUCAUAGGUGUACCGUAUUUAUCGAGACAAUUGCAUCGAAUGGAGAUAAAGGGCGAUUUUAACGAUCUCGUUCUGGCGGAAGCGUUGCCGACGAUGCAUCGAUUAAAAAAUAUUCAAGUAUACGUAGAUCGUGAUCGUAUCAUAACCUUUGGAUACGACGGUUUGAUCGUGAUAAGAGAUAAUACGAAUAUUCGAAGGAUCCUUGCCAUUUUUAUGGUCCAUCAUCGGAACGAAGGUGGUAUUAGGUCAGCUACGACGAUCAACGGGACGAUCGUAUCGCUCGGAAAAAAUGGCGAUCUGAUAGCCAGCAAGUUAUGUCGUCAUCACGUCCAAUCGAUAGAAAUGUUCUCGAUCGAAGGGAACUCGGCCUUCUUGAAUUUUUUCGACGUUCCUCUAAAAACCGACGAUUUAUUCUACAACGAUGGACGAAAUACUUAUUUGGAGAAUAUUCAAAAAGUUCGAUGGGAAAAGGAAACGAUAGAAGGGACGUCAGCUCGACGUGCGAUCCUUUUAGAAUUAAACGAACUGAAGAGGAAAAUAAAACUUUUGCUUGAUUCGAACGAAAAAGAAACGAUACCGGGACGUCUGCCGAUAUCCUCCUACGAUUUGGACGUGGAAUAUAGAAAGUAUAAAAUUGAAAGGGCCAGAUUGGAACGCGAAAAAUUGAAAAGACUUUACGACGAAGAAAUCGGGGCACGUUAUAAAAUUUGUCAAUAUUUAAGAAAAACAUUUUGGGAUCGUGAACGCGUUAAAUCCUGCCAACUUAGAUCCAUAUUUGGCGAUAUUAUUGUUAAAAAUUAUCCCUUUGGUAUAGUCGACGUGGAUAUAGAUGAUUUUCGAACGUCGGAAGGGUACUCGAUGGAAAUACUUGAUACCAUUUCCAGACUCGAGGAAUAUUAUCAAUCAUCGGGAAAUAAUGAAAACGUAAUAAAUAAAGUAACUAUCGAAAGAAAUAUGAGAAGCGAACUUAACACGAUAGAUCGAUUUUAUGAAUCGGCUAACAGCGACGAAAGAUACCUCUUAUCAGGGACGAGCACUCAUAAAUGGAUUAAAAAUGAGACAAUUAAAUUGACUCAUCAAUUAAAACGAUCGCGAGAUUCAUCUCUGAAUGGCCUCGAUAAAAUUAACGUUAUUAGAAGUCGUGAGUAUUUAUUGAUGAAUCAUUUCAACGUGCGUUUCGACGAAAUGAGAUCGUUGAAAGGACGAGAAAUGGAAACGGCGAGGGAACAAGAAGAGAGAUUAAAGCGUUGUGCUUUAGAGAUAAAUUCGACGUUUGAAAAUAAGUGUAGGAUCGAGCCCUCGAUAAUACCGAUUUGGCAUCAUUCCGAAAUACCCGAUUAUGUCAUUACCAUUAUUGAGAAGAACGGGGUAUCGGAUAUUUAUCCUUACGUUACUUCGCAAAACGAAUCUAUCCAAGAGGAGAAAGGAAAUUUCAACGAGUGUAAUUUAAAACUCUAUUCGAAGGAUUACGAUUUCUACGCGUCAGCUUUAGAAAAGAUGAUGGACGGUGUCUUAGAACUUAGAUGGGAGGAUGAAAUAAAGAAAGAUAUUCCUAAACCAACUUGCCUAUUGGAAAACAAAGGACCCUUCAAGCUUACACCGGAGGAGAUGAAAUCUCAGGAAUCGUAUAAAAUUAAAAUGGAACGUUUGCAAUCGGAACGGGAAAAGUACCGAUCGAUUUUGGAAAGGGAAAUGAAGGAGACAAAGGAUAAGAUAACCAAGAGAUUUAUGUCCUUUGACGAGAAAUUGAAGAAUUUCGAGGCACAUAGGACAGCUAUGGAUUCUUCGAUUCUUCAAGAGAAACUUUUAAGGCUUCGUGAGAUAAGAAGGUAUCGUCGUAUAUGCAACGAGGAUGCUAAAAUCGCACGUUUUAAAACGGAAGAAGUAGCCGGUAUCACGGAUAAGGUUCAAAGACUCGUGGAGGAUUGCUCGAUCUUCGAAAGGAUCGUCGACGAGUUGAAAAAUCGAUACGAGAGUCUCGUUAAACGUGACAAAGCCCUCGAAGGGAAGUUUCCUAGCGAGUUCGGUGAUUUGAAGCAACCGAAGAUCGAACACUUGUUCAGGCAUUAUAAGAGAAGACCGAGGAUCGGUAAUCUUGCUUGUACAUCUAUCACGUAUCUAACGGAACUCGGAAGGUGUGUGAUAACCAAUGAAAAAUCCGACAUAUUGCCGAUCGAGUGUACGAAUUAUCUUCGAAGUCUUCAAGCUCUCGACUCGAUUCCAAAUAACGUUUCAUCCUUGAUAGAUGAUAUCCAUUGGAAGACUAUGUGUAAAUUAAGAAGAUUGAAGAUCGAGAUGGAGAUGAAGGUCAGAUGCUGUGUCGUUGAAUUGGCCGAAGCGGAACAAACUUUGGCCUUCUAUUAUAGAAGCAAACUAGCCGCGCAAAAUAAGUUGUACCGAUCAAAAGCUGAAUUGGAUAAAGAAGAAAUAGAACUUCAUCAAUACGUGGAGGAUAGGGAGAUACAAUUGGUAAUGAAGAUGGGACAAAUCGAGGUAUCUAUCCUUGGCCAAGGUCUCGACGAUUUCACAGACGUUGUUUUGAUAUCACGCCGAGAAUUUCUUUCGACGAACGAAGAAAUCAAGAAAGCUGAUAAAGAAAAGUUAAUGGCUAUCAUAAAGUCCGUUAAUUUAAGAAAGAGAAUAUCUUACCAAAAGUGUCGACACGAAUGUCUACGAUAUACAUUGGAGUAUCUUCUGAUGGAAUCGAAAAGUAUUAGCGAGGUCAAGAUAACGAGAGAAUUACAAAAAUACUUGGAUAAAGUAUCGAUUGCGACAAAUCCAAGAAUAGAGUACAAGGAAAUCGAACGGAAUGCGCGCGCCAUGGCAGACCGAUACGAGAAACUAUUGGAUAGCGAGAGAGAACGUCUCGAGAAAAUCACGAAGGAUAUAAUAUAUUGGCGAGAGAGUAACGAAAGAUUGACGAACGAAAUCGAAAGAAUUAAAUUGAAAAAUCGAGAAUCUUCUUCGCAAAGGCAAAAUUCCUCGAGGAUAAAGGAUAUUAACUUUCGUAGAAAGAAACUUGCCGUAUUUAUGAAAAGGACCGAGCUAGCGAAGAAUAUCAAGGAAAAUUACGAUCAACUUUUAACAUUGCACUCGCGAUUAGAGUCGCUUAGACUUCGAAUUUAUCCGACUCUUCGAUUCAAUAAAUCGCGCUUGGCAUAACAAUUUUAAACGCACUUUCUUAUCGCCGUUGGCAUAAGAAUACAAACAACAAAACAAGAUGAGUUCUUUCCCGACACGAUAAUGUCGACCUGUAAUAUUAUGUAAUAAAAAUUCCCGUUUUUCGGGUCAAUUAAUCGACCUUGUCGAUUAAUUUUAAUCUAUUAA